AUGAAUGAAGUAUCUUUGGGUGGACAAGAAUUACCAGAUCCUGACCAAAGAGGACAAAAUGGGUUUCAAUGGAAAACAGUUUGGAAAACAAGUGAAGCUAUAAAUCUUAUAGUCGGCACAGGAAUAUUCAUAACGCCUGGUAGCAUUUGGAGACUUGUUCAGUCGCCAGGGGCCGCUUUAAUUCUUUGGAUUGUUGGUGGUUUUAUUAACCUAUAUAGUUUUUUUGUUUGGAGAUUAAUGGAAAAAAAACAACUGGAGUCUCUAGCAUAUGGGUUUACAUUCGGAUCUCGAUUAUUAAGGUUUUUUUUCGCAAUUAUAGCCAAUUCUCUAAUUGCAUCUAAAUACUUACUCUAUGCAAUCGGAGGAGUUGAUGAUGAAGAAUUUCACCAUUAUGGAAAAGAUUUUGGUGCAUAUUUUGAUAAAGAUUUCAU